AUGGGGAAUGAGAGAUUACUUGAUAAAGAAGACGAUUUUGUAGGUUUUAAGUAUAAUUUCUUGCAUAAGUUACAUGAGAUUAGUAAUGAUGAAAUUAUGGAAUUGGCAAUGGACUCGGACAAUGUUAUGGGGUUGUUGGAGAUCUCCCUAUAUCCAUCAGAAUCAAGUUUGGAGCAAUUAAAAUACAGUAGAUUAGCAACAGAACUGCUUUGUACAAAUGUAUUUUUGGAUGUAAUAAUAAGUGGAUACAUUUUUGGAAUGGAUUUUGAUAUUGAUACUAAUUCGGACUCAGCAAAUGGUUCCGAUUUAGAUUCUGAUUUGGACACAGACUCUGAUCUUGAUAUGGAUUCAGAAAAAUGUUCAGAACUUGAAUCAGAGCUAGGCUUAAGACCCGAUUUACAUAUAGAAAUUAAUUCAUUGCCUGAUAUAAAUAUUCAAUGCAAUAAUGGCACAUAUUCAAUAUCAAAAAAGGGGUUCAGCCAAAAAGAUAUAUCUUAUCGAAGAGGAUGCUUGGAAGAUAACCGAUUAGAUAGGAUAUAUGCAAUGCCAAUAUGUGUUUUAAUAGCAUUUAUAUUGGAUAAUAGUAAUGAAUAUGAGACAGAACUUGGGUUUAAGUCUAAUAUAGUAGGGACUUCCAACUUUUCCAAACUAGUUUAUUCUUUAAUGAUGUAUGAUUUUGAAUGGACCUGGAAAUAUGUAUUAUUGGCAAGAAAUGGCAAAGUUUUAUUAAAUCUGUCACGUUUAGUUCACAAUCCUUCGGUAUUUCAUUUAUUAAAGCUGAUCAUUGGAAUAUUAUUUGAUCAUGAUCAUAAUCAUGAUCAUGAUCACAAAUUGUUAAUUAAGGGUACCGAGACAAAAAUAGAAAGUAUAUUGGCAAGCUUGUAUCAAAAUUUGGUUUUAGAUGAGGAUUUAGAAGGAAAAGGAAAGAAAAGGAAAGAUGGAGCACAAUUGGUAAUCUCAACAUGCGAGUUUUUGGUGGACAUUUUUCAAGGCUUUUUAGAUCUAGCCCAAGUAUUUGAACACUUUAGUUUUGAACACAUUCAGGUUGAAUUGACACCUUUAUCAUUGGACACAAAUUUAUCAAGAAAAAUAAAAUAUUUUAAAGAAAAAGAAGAUCUGAAUAUUUCAUUUAAUUAUUGGAGCAAAAGGUACCGAAGAGAAAAAGUAUUAUUAUCAGAUGAGAUUAUACAUGAAUUAAUUUUUAAUUUAGGGAGAUCUAUUCAGGAAUUGGACUUUAUACUUAAAAGUGAAUCUUUAUUUAAUUUAGAAGAUUUGAAUUUUUACUCUGGAUUUGCUUCUGGAUUAAUGUUUUUGGUUAAUACUGUACUUAAAGCAGAUAGAAUAGAAUAUAAGGAAGAAAAUGACAAAGAUGAGGAGAGUAAAAAGAAUAAGGAGAACAAGAAUAAACAAGAAAGAGAGAAAAAAAGCUUAUUCGGAACAAAGGCACUCAAAUGGAUAAAUGAAAUAGGAACUAAAAUUUGGAAUUUUAGUGAUAAAGUAAAGAAUUCGGAAUCACAAGGAGUUUUAUUAAAUUCCAUCAAAUUAAUAAAAGGAAUUGAACAACGGGUACCGGAUAGAAAACCAAGAUUAAGUAUGGUAAAUUUUGAGAUGAUCAAAAUAAUGAAUAAUUAUAUUUGGGAAAUAGUAAUGAAACUUUGUAUGAGAGAAGACUUUUCAGAACCUGGAAGAAUUUCAAGUGUGACUAAGGGAUAUUUGGUAUCUUUAGUAGUUGAGAUAUUAGAUUAUAUAGAAAAUUUGAUAAAUUCAGAGGAUCUUGAUUUGCUAAGGAGCCUAAUAAAAGAGACAGAAAAAGAAGGAUGGUGUGAAAAGGGUAAAGGAAACCAAAGUGGUAUAAGUUCGAUAGUUUGGGAAAUAUUGGAUGUAAUAGUAUUUCGAGGUAAGGUGAGUAACUCUGUAUUGGAGGAGAAAGUUUUAAAGAUCUUUAAGAGUUGUUUGGAUCAUUUUGGAAAGGAUAAAACGCCAACUUUGGGAUGUAAAGACAAUUUUUCAAAUUCAAAUACAUUUUGUUUGGAUCAAAUUACUUGUACAAGAAAGUAUUUUGUUUUAGGGUAUUUAAAAUCGUCCUGGUUUCUUUCAUAUAUGGGGAAGUAUAAGAGCAGGGAGUCUUGGAUGGAUGAUAGAAUUCUAAGGAGGACAAUUACUAAAGUUGGGGUGACUGACCCGAAUUUAUUUAAAAUGGUGAAAACUACAAGAACAGCUAAUAUUGAAAAUAUUUGUGAUAGCAACAUCAAAUUGGGAAUAUCAAGGAUAAUGAGAAAUCGAGGUCGGAGAUCUUUCAGUAAGACGGAGAAUGUGAGUGAUAUGAAUCACCAAGGAGUUUCCGAAUAUUUGUAUAAUGAAGUAAAAUCUAUGCAGGAAGAUCUACCUUGGGUUGCACAUUAUUUGUGGCAGGAAAAGUAA